AUGAAAAUGUCCACGAAUGGCCCGAUUGCCUCGCCUGCCUCACCGGCACCAACCGACGCCUCGAGCCUCGGCCUGACCGGGACUCGGAGUCUGACCGGCCAAUCAGAAGACGAGGCGGGACUCGGUGGAACCGACGCCUCGAGACCGUCUCUACCUUGCGUUCCCCCGCCCUCCCCUGAUAGAGCUCGGCUCCCUGCCCCCAACCGGCCAUAA